AUGGCCAUCUGGUGUGUCCCGUGGCUGGGCUCUCUGCUCCUGGUUUCCCUCUGGGGACCCUCGGCUCCAGCCUCCCUUCUCAGGCGCCUGGGUGAGCACAUUCAGCAGUUUCAGGAGAGCUCUGCCCUGGGCCUGGGCCUAGGGCUGGGUGCUGGGGCCCUCCCAAAAGUGGGAUGGCUGGAGCAGCUUCUAGAUCCCUUCAACGUGUCCGAUGGACGAUCCUUCCUGCAGCGUUACUGGGUGAAUGACCGACACUGGGCUGGCCAGGAUCGACCCAUAUUCCUGCAUCUGGGGGGCGAGGGCUGCCUUGGGCCUGGUUCAGUGAUGAAAGGCCACCCCGCAGCCUUGGCCCCAGCCUGGGGUGCCCUGGUGAUAAGCCUGGAACACAGGUUUUAUGGCCUGAGUAUACCUGCUGGAGGCCUGGACAUGGGCCAGCUCCGCUUCUUGUCCAGCCGCCAUGCGCUGGCUGAUGUGGUCUCUGCCCGCCUGGCACUUUCCCGCCUCUUUAACGUCUCCUCCUUCAGCCCCUGGAUCUGCUUUGGAGGCUCCUAUGCCGGCUCCUUGGCCGCCUGGGCCCGGCUGAAGUUCCCGCAUCUCAUUUUCGCGUCGGUCGCCUCGUCCGCCCCGGUGCGGGCCGUGCUGGAUUUCUCCGAGUAUAAUGACGUGGUGUCCAGAAGCCUUAAGAGCGCGGCGAUCGGCGGGUCCCUGGAGUGCCGGGCGGCGGUGUCCGCCGCCUUCUCGGAAGUGGAGCGGCGGCUGCGCGCGGGUGGGGCGGCUCAUGCAGCGUUGCGGGCAGAGCUGAGCGCCUGCGGGUCCCUGAGCCGCGCGGAAGACCAGGCGGAGCUGCUGGGGGCGCUGCAGGCUCUGGUGGGAGGUGCCGUGCAGUAUGAUGGGCAGGCAGGAGCGCCACUGAGCGUGCGGCAGCUCUGCGGACUUCUCCUCGGGGGCGGGGCCAACCGCAGUCGCUCCACGCCCUACUGCGGGCUUCGGCGGGCUGUGCAGAUUGUCAUGCGCAGCCUGGGCCAGAAGUGUUUAAGCUUUUCCCGAGCAGAGACAGUGGCACAGCUGAGGAGCACAGAACCUCAAGUGUCUGGUGUGGGUGACCGUCAGUGGUUGUACCAGACAUGUACCGAGUUUGGCUUCUAUGUCACCUGUGAGAAUCCCAGAUGUCCUUUCUCCCAGCUCCCAGCACUGCCCUCCCAGCUAGACCUAUGUGAGCAGGUGUUCGGGCUCUCACCCUUGUCAGUAGCCCAGGCUGUGGCUCAGACGAACACCUACUAUGGUGGCCAGACUCCUGGGGCUAACCAAGUGCUGUUUGUUAACGGUGACACAGACCCUUGGCAUGUGCUAAGUGUAACACAGGCUUUAGGAUCCUCAGAAUCAGCUCUUCUCAUCCCUUCUGGCUCCCACUGCUUGGACAUGGCACCUGAGAGGCCCUCAGACUCCCCCAGCCUCCGCCUAGGGCGCCAGAAUAUCUUCCAGCAGAUACAGACCUGGCUGAAGCUGGCAAAGGAGAGCCAGGUUAAGGGUGAGGACUGAAUCUCAUACCCUUUCCACUCCCUGCAUGGCCAUCUCAGUCCUGGACAUACUCAUUCACUGAACAAAAGAGAGCAGCUUGUUUUGAAAGAAGAAACUCCCAGGAACUGGGAUUCAGCACAUGUUCUGUGUGUAACUGGCAUGUGUCAGCAAACAUCUUUAUUCCCAACUUAAAGUGCUUUGUUGCGGAAAGUUAUGGAAUUAUGUGGGAAGAGAUGGCCAGGGGCAGACCUGUGUUACUUACACUUAAAUGAUUAUGAGCUUGCAUUGCCUUUUAUACACUGAGAUUUGUGGCAUGGAUCAUAUCCAAACUAUGGUGCAGUAAAACAAAAGCAGAGAUCAAGCAGUAACGGGAGGCCUCUGGUGAAGACCAUCUGAGAGCGUCCUACAACCACCGAACACUCGGUGUGGCUGCAGAGCAGAAAAGAAAAACUGCUUCUUCUCAAUAGUGUUCUCAUAAGGAUCUUGUAAAGGGAGCUUAUGCAAAAGACUCUGGGAAGGAAAUGCAACAUCUGCUCUUAAGACUCGGGAGGGUCUUCUUAGAUGGGCGCUAGUAAGGGUGGAAAGCCUUGCAGGGCAGAGACACCGGAAUGCCACAGGCUCUGCCUGUGUUCUCAGAAUGUGGAGCAGUUUCACUUGCUCUAGGUGCACAAUGCUUGGGAGAUAAAAGCCACUUGAUGCAUUGUGUGUGGUCAGACCUCAUGGCACCUUGUCCACUGCACCUCUCUUGCCACAAAACACCUGGAUAGACAAUGAUGGUAAAACCUCAGUAUCCUUAGCAUUUCUUAGGAGAACCGCUUUGAAUUGAAUGCUGCAGAGACAUGCUCUUCGUCUGGCUAUCUCCCUCCUCAACCCUCCUCCCCACAGCCUGCAAGAUUAACAAGAUAAUUUACCAUAAUAAAAGCGCUUGGAGCCUAGAACUUGGAGCAGGUGCAGAUCACCCUGUGACAGUGCAUUGCACCCCUGGACCCAUGCUUUGAAAUUCUAGUCUUGUGUCUUUGUCUUUAUUUCUUUUCUCAUCCCUCGUCACUGCCGGGACAGAGUGCACCCACACACAGCUUUGGGCUGGUUCCCAACAGAAUUAUAGGUGGAUGAUUAUUCUCAUUGUAAAUAAAUAUUGGUGUUUUGAAUGUUAAAUAUCAAAGAAAUGUGACAGGAUGCCCUCCCUCCUGUUAUAUUUCUUUGAUGCCCUCCCCCUGCUGAUCAGAUUCUUGUUCAAAUUCUGCCACCCCUGCUCCUGGGUUAGGGGCUAUGCUGUAAGUUUCUGUUUCUGGACUUCAGACCCUGGUCCUGUCCCUGCUUCUCAGUUUCUCUCACUGUACCCCUUUACCUCUGUCCGUUUCUUCCUCUCUCUUUCCCUGUCGCCAUCUGUCUUUCUAAUCUUGUUUCUCCAAACAUCUUCAUUUCUAUCUCUGUGUUUUAGUCUGUUUCUCUGUUUAUCAUUUGUCCUUUGAUCUGUGUUUGUUCUCUGGCUCUCCGGCAGUGCCUUUGUCUCUCCUCUCUCUUGCUCUGCUGGGCUGUUUCCACUGCUCUCUUUCUGACUCACUUGUGGUCUCUGUGUUUCUCCUAGUCACUUUCUCUUUCUGUGUCUCUAUUUUCCUCUCUCCUCUGCUGUCUCCUCAAUCUAUCUGUCUCCCUGAGCCUCUGUUUCUUUGACGCUCUUCUCUGUCUCUAUUUCUCUUCCUGUCACUUAAUCUUUGUCCUCUAUCUCCACACCUUCCUUCCACACCCUUCACUCACCAUCUCUUCCCACAAUCAAAAAUCACUCCCUAGUACUUCCAGCUUCCAACCCUAGGAGUUUAUGGUUCUGGUGGAGACUCCUUUCAGGACCAGGGAGGACAGAGCUAAUUUCAAGGGUGCCUGCUUAGGCUGUGUUAGCCGUGACAAGAAACUGCCAUAGAUUUGCACCAUUCUUUCCUAACACUCAAUGGUUUUCAGCAAUAAAUAUGUCUCAGCAUUUUGUACAUCUUCGUAUGCACAGAGAUGGUAGUAGUAGAGUUUUAUUCAGUUUCAUAGAUCCUUCUUGGUAAGAGGCAACCUUCUCAUGCUAUCAUACCGGAGUGAAUCUCCACUAUAGUUCUGCCUGCCCUUGAUCUUUAUAUAAAUGGAAACAUACAGUA